AUGGCAAAGGCAUAUACUCUGCAACAAUUUGAAGAGUUAAUGGAAAAGAGUGCAAAACAGCAUGAGGAGGCAACAAACACGUUAACAAAGUUGACAGUCAAAUAUAAUAAUAUUUUGACAAAUAAUCAUUUGCUUUCUCAGAGAAUGAUAGUAAAAGCAUCAAAUGAAUUCCUGCAUACUGUAAGUAACGGAGCAAAAAGAUUCAUUGUUUGUUUGGGAAGCAGAAAGUGCAGCUGUGGAGAAUUUCAAUCAGAUGAAAUACCAUACUCUCAUGAUAUGGCUGUUAUUACGUAUAGAAACCAACAUAGCGAGAACUAUUACUCACCUUACUACAACAACAAAUAUUUCAGAGAUGUUUAUGCCAUACCAUUUAAACCUCUUCCUUGUGAAAAUACAUGA